CAUGCUCAGUUACGUGUAACUCGGAGAUCGGUCCGUGUGUCGUCGAAUCGUCGGUCGAUGGUAGUGAGUUUGCCGGGAGGGCAUCAAGGUAGACAUCAAUUGGUGGUUCCGUGAACAAAUUUUUCGUUGGCCAUCGAGUGCAGCUAGAAGGAAGGGGGGAACACUAGUGAUCUCGGAAAGUGAUUGUGCCCGGGAGUACAAUAGGGUGUGUCGAAACCAAACCUGACCUAGUGGAUACUGAUCGGUUCAAUUGAAUCAAUAAUACCCCGAGAGUUGGCAGUCCGCGGCCGUGAGUUGGAAAAGAAGCAAGUAAACGAAGUGUGAGGCAAUCAUGAUUGGAUUCAAAUUGCUUACGGCGGCAUGCUUACUGGCAGUUGCAUCUGCCCAGCAGGACUACCAACAAGACUACCGACCAGCACCGCUGCGACUCGGCACAAACGCGGUGGAAGCCAAACCAACGCCGAUUCCGAUUCUCAAGCAGAUCAACAGACACAACGAAGAUGGUUCCUAUACGUAUGGUUACGAAGGCGCUGAUGGAUCAUUCAAAAUCGAAACAAAACUCGCAACCGGGGAAGUCAAAGGCAAAUACGGAUACGUGGACGAGUCUGGCAAGGUAAAGGUAGUUGAGUACGGAGCGAACAAAUACGGCUUCCAACCAUCCGGAGAAGGUAUUACGGUUCCACCACCAACUCUAGUGGAUGAAACCACAGGCAAGGAUGCCCUGCUGGAUUAUGAAGACAAUGUGCCUGCACCUCGUCCACAGAAAAUCCGACCAUCGAAGCCUCAACCACGCCCGCAACCUCAGCCACAGCCCCAGUACUAUGACUACGAAGAAGAACAGCAUCAAGCACAGCCUCAACAACAACACCAGCCACAACCGCAACCUCAGGUUCACUUCCAGCCUCAGCCUCAGCAGCAACCUAGAUAUCACCAACAACCUCAACAAGUACAAGCUCAAUACGUACAGAACUCUCACUUCGGACCCGCGGCCAACAAUCCAGCUGGACCAGCUCCUCCACGUGUCCAAAUAGCGAACGCCGUACCGAUUGACGUAGUCUACUCUCCCAAGCAACGCCCUGCUCGCCCAGAACCCAGCUACGACACCCGACCGCAAGCCUUCCCAAAUGCCGGACCAGCACCCGAGCCCAAAAUCCGUUACUCGGCCCCAGCCUUCGCUGCAGCAGCCCCAGCACCAUUACCAAAAGCUAACCUCGCACCGCAGCCUAACUAUGCUCCGCAGCCAAACUACGCUCCACAGCCACGACCAGCUCCGGCUGCAUACCAGCCCCGACCAGCUCAGGGUCGUAGCACCAGCGUCCUGGAUCAGCUAGCGAAGGACUAUGCGCUGCCACAGGGUGGAGCCGCACCACUGCACGAUAUCUCAUUCGGUUACUUCUAGUCCGAACUAGUAGAGUAUAUGUGAGACGUAGAAUUUUGUAAAACUCCAAUUCGAAAUGCUUGCACCUGUUUCUACUGGUGAAGUUUGCCACGAAAUCAAAAGUUAAAAGUCAUUAUUCGAGAAAUGCAAAGGAAAUGUGAAUAAUAAUCUUCUGUUGUCGAACGAUACGCGUCGACUAUGAACGAUAUCAUAGAACUGAUUAUUGUACGUAAUUGAUAAUAAAACGGUUGUGAAAUAAAUCAAUUGAUUGCUUAUUGCCAUGCCACUGUA